AUGAACAGUCUGCGAGCUUGCUUUAGAUCAAUUGGACACCUCCGACUCUCAUCUCCCUCGACGACUCCAAGUCUCUCCGCUUACCCCACCCCCUUCGCUUCAACAAUCAACCGAGCUUCUAUUCAGCGCACUAUGGCUUCCGCAAUGGCAAAGCGCCUUGAAGGCAAGACCGUCGUCGUCACCGGUGCCUCUUCCGGAAUUGGCAAGAGCACCGCUCAGGAAUUUGCCCGUUCAUCGCCCAAGAACCUCAAGCUCAUUCUGACCGCGCGCCGCAUCGACACAUUGAAAGAGGUUGCCGCAGAGAUCAAGCAGGAAGUUGGUGACGGUGUCCAGGUGCUUCCUGUGAAGCUCGAUGUCAGCAACCCGGAGGAGAUCAACAACUUCGUUUCCUCGCUGCCGGAGGAGUUCAAGGAGAUUGACGUCCUUGUCAACAAUGCUGGCCUAGUCAAGGGUGUUGCACAGGCACCUGAAAUCGCUACAGAGGACCUUAAGGUCAUGUUUGAUACCAAUGUCACCGGCCUUAUCAACAUGACACAGGCAAUCCUGCCCAUUUUCAAGAAGCGCUCUGAAGGUGGCCGUGGUGAUAUCAUUAACAUUGGUUCCAUUGCUGGCCGCGAGCCUUACCCCGGUGGUAGCAUUUACUGUGCUACCAAGGCAGCGGUCCACUCCUUCACCGAUGCGCUGCGCAAGGAGCUCAUUGCCACCCGAAUCCGUGUCAUUGAGAUUGACCCCGGUCAGGUUGAGACGGAGUUCUCCGUCGUCCGAUUCUACGGAGAUAAGUCUAAGGCCGAUGCCGUCUACAAGGGUGUUGAGCCAUUGACUGGUGAUGAUAUCGCCGAGGUGGUUGUUUUCGCCGCCAGCCGUCGCGAGAAUGUCGUUAUCGCCGACACCUUGAUCUUCCCUAGCCACCAGGCCGGUGCUGGUACCAUGCACCGCAAGUCCUAA